UGCCAGCAGCCGGGGGUUCCGACCGCCCCGGCCCUCGGCAUCACCCCUGGCACACAGCCCCGGCAGCGAGAGCGUUGGCGGCGGCCGCAGGCUGCCAGAGUUCGGCCAGCGGCCUCGGGGAGUCCGGGCGGGGGGGUGCCGGCUGCCGCUGGGCGAAAGCCGCCACCGCCGCCACAGGCAUCUGGAAGGUUCUGGCUCGUCCGUCCCCCCUCCGCCCUGGCCCUCUCCCCUCCGCCCUCCUGCCCUAUAAAUGCGGGCGUCAGCACGGAGAUAUCGACGGCAUUGAUAGUGCGGGGUCAUGCUGGGGGCCUGGCUUGUGCUCUUGGGGGGCCUGGCACUGGGCUGCCGGAGCGAGAGAGCCUUUCUAAAGCGUGCGGAUGACAGCACCGGGCGUUGUACCUACUCCUUCACGGUGGCCAGCCCCGUCGAGGCCGCCUGCCCCAAUGCCGGCGGCGGGCCCGAGCUGCGGGCAGAGCUGGCGUCCCUCGCCGCACGCCUGAGCCGGCUGGAGAGCCGGGAGCGGGGCGCGGGGGGCUCGGGGCCACGCGGGGUUGAGGCGGGAGGAGCACGGGACUCCCAGCAAGCAGCCCCGUCCGGUGGCCUGGAGGACUCUUAUGGCGAGCUGCUUCGGGCCAAGUCCCGGCUGGAGGAGGAGAAGGGGCGGCUGGAGCUGGAGAACGCAGAGCUGAGGAGGCGGCUGGAGAGCAGCGCCCAGGAGAUUACCCGGCUGCGGGCCACCCGCUGCUCCCCCGGCGGAGAGGAGCCUGACCGCGAAGCCCUGCGUGUCCCCGGCAAAGCCCCUCGCUGGAACCCACAGCCCCUCACAUACCAGGAGCUGCAGUCAGAGAGGACAGAGGUUCCCGCAUCCCGGAUCCUGGAGGAAACUGCACUUGGCCGCCCGGGGACAGAGGACUCAGGCUGCGGUGAGCUGGUGUGGGUUGGGGAGCCUGUUGUCUUUGGCCAGGCAGACUCCAUCGCUGGCAAGUACGGUGUGUGGAUGAAGGACCCCGAGCCCGUGCCCCCCUUCACGCGGGAGACCACCUGGCGCGUGGACACAGUGGGCACAGAGGUGCGCCAGCUCUUCCAGUACGAGGCGGCUGAGCAGCUGGCCCAAGGCUACCCUACCAAGGUUCACAUCCUGCCGCGGCCCCUGGAGAGCAACGGCGCUGUCAUCUACCGCGGCGGGCUCUUCUUCCAGCCCCGCCACUCCCACGCCGUGGCCCGCUACGACCUGCGGACAGAGGCCAUCACGGCCGAGAAGGAGAUCCCUGGUGCCGGCUACCAUGGACAGUACCCCUAUGCUUGGGGGGGCUACACCGAUAUUGAUCUGGCCGUGGAUGAGACGGGGCUCUGGGUGAUCUACAGCACCGAGAAGGCUCGGGGGGCCAUCAUCCUCUCCAAGCUGGACCCCAAGACACUGGAGAUCCAGCAGACCUGGGAGACCAACAUCCGCAAACGGGGAGUGGCCAAUUCGUUCAUCAUCUGUGGCACCCUCUACACCAUCAGCAGCUACUCAGCGCCCAAUGCCACCAUCAACUUUGCCUACAACACAACCACUGGCACCAGCCGGGCCCUCAGCAUCCCCUUCAAGAACCGCUUCCGGUACCUCAGCAUGGUGGACUACAACCCCACCGAGCGGCAGCUCUUUGCCUGGGACAGCUUCAACAUGGUCACCUACCCCAUCCGCCUCUCCCAGGUGUGAGCCGGGGCCGUGUUGGCUCAGCCCCUCUGACCCCUGUAUGUGCCUCAGCACCCUGCUUUGCUCCCCAGCUCCCCCCAGCACGGCCAGGAGUGCCUCCUCAGCCAGCCCUAGGCAAUGGUGGGGGCCACACGCUGCUCAGCCACAGCAUGAUGGGGCCACCAACAUCCCCAGUGGCACCUCCGGCGGCAGCCCACUGUGUGUGAGUGCAGUGGGGAGAAAUUAAGUGCUUCUCUAGAACCUGGUCAAGCCACUGGAGCGUCUUUCUGGGUUUUGAAUGAACCACUCCUGCAUCCUCUGGGAGCAGCCAUGCUAAGCCCCCUGAAUCUGAGGAGGGAGGGCUCAGGCACAGUGAAGACUGGGCAAGGCAGUGGUGGAGGUAGGGAGAGGCUGUCUGGGAAGGUCCCACCUUAUGAAUAAAAGCUUUCCCUGGUUGCAAGCAGCAA